UUUCCGCCUCCUCGUUUGGUCGUCGCCCCCUCCUCUGCUCGAGCUCACUUGGCCCGAGCUGAUUCGCACUCCCCAGCCAACUCUCGCCGGGCGAAGGGAAGCCAGGAUGGCCGCGGCCCCCGCCACCGAGCCAUUCUCCAUACGGGGGUUCGCCGCGAGGAUGCGGGCCGUGGACGCGGGCAAGUGCUACCCGUUCGGCGGCGGCUGUAGGGACGGGGUGGGGGAGGGGGAGCCGCCGCCGCAGCUGCCCCCGAUGGACCUGCCGCCGCGGUCCCGGUGGUGGGCGCACGAGCUCGCGGCGGAGCGGGCCCGGCUUUCGGCAGGCGCCAAGCGUGGAGAGGCCGAGCGGAAGGGGACUAAGAGGAAGGGAUCUCGCUCGAGCGCUGCGGCCGAGAGGACCAAGAAGCGGCGGCGCGCGCUCCAAUUUAGGUCCUUUCUGAAGAACAAGGAGAAAACUUCUAAGCCCCCGUCAACAUCUCGUUUACAUCAACACAUGUUGCAUAUUGGAUUGUUGGGAAAACGUAGAAGUUCUACUAUUCAUACAAGGAGAGAACCUGCACUGAGGAAAAAACUGGAAGAGGCACGGGAUUACAGGCCAACUCAUGAAAACAGCUUGAAUAAACAGAACAGAGGAGGAAUGGACAAUUCCAGUGACAUGCGUAGUAGCCCUCUUAGGAAAAAGGGAGCACAUUCCUUUGUAAAUAAGCGAAGCAUAAAAAUCAGCGGGUCAACUAGUUGUCCUCUAAAUCCUGGCUGUGAAGUGGUGAAACAUAUUGCGUACCCUCCCAAGGAUGACAUUUUUGGAGAUCUCCCUCUCCUGGAAAGCUCCAAGAUUAUGUUUGGGACCAGAGUUGAUGAACUUCCUACUGUUAUAGAAGAAUCUUUUGUAACAAAUCAAAGCGGACCAGAUUCUAUACCAGAAAGUGUACCCUUGAAACUGAUACAUGCUUCUGACAUCACUGCACAGAUGCCAUCUCCUCUUGAACACUUGGUGAAAAACAAAGGGACUCCUCAGAAAAAGUCAACAUGCAUCUCUCAGAAUGAUGCAGCAAGGAGUCAUCCUUCCCCUGCUGAGCUCGAUGGUCCGCCAAAUCAUAAAAGCAUCAGCACGGUAAAAACGUGUCAUAGUGAUAUGCAGCUGAAAUAUACUGACAGGUCUACUUUAAGUUCUUGUUCUGACCUGAGGUCAAAAUGUGGUUCUAGCAACCUUCCACUGGGUUGUUUUGAUACAAAUACAAACUGCCCCCAGGAAAUAAAGAAACAUGGCACAAGUUCUGCUACAAGUCCAUCUGCUGUGAGAACCAGAACUGAAGCAGCUAAAACUCAUAAAAAUGCAGUGGCUAGUGACAAGAAGAGCACUGAUAUCUCUGGUCCAGUUGUUGCAUCCAAGAACUAUCUUUCAUCUGAAGUCAGUGUAUUGUCCUCCACAAUAUCACAAGGGGUUGUCAACACAAGACCCAAUGCAGAUGUCAUGUAUUCAUGUACAAGUAUGCCUGCCAAGGAAUGCAUUCCAACUUCCAGACCUUCUGGUAACUUUACAAGUAAUGUGUGCCAUGAGAGUAGGAAAAUUGUGGGCGCAUGCACGCCAUUAUCAACGCAGAACCAGGGUAGCUGGUACUCAGAACUUCACCCGGUCCGCAGUCCUGCUAAUAUUGGUUUGGCUUUUAUGAAGCUACCUGGCCUUGAAAGACUGGAGAUCUCCAGCAAUCUAAAGACAGGUGAAAACAGGUUUCCGAGUGAACAACCAAUGAACACAGUGAGUGAACAACCAAUGAACACAGUAAGAUACCCGAAACAACAGUUGGUGAGUGGCAUGGCCAAUAUUAUGCAAGGUCAGAAAAAUAUUGGCUUCAGCAAUUCUCAAGAUGGGAAAACAAUUCUAGACUGUUAUGUGGGCAAAGAUGUUUAUAAUCCGCAGCAACCCACGAUGCGUUUGAUGGGUAAGACAGUCUCAGUUUAUAAGCAUAGCAAGGAUCAUAGUGUAUCAACCAUAGGGAAAAUAUGUCCUGACAAAAUUGUCAUUGAAGAAAACCGCCCCUCCUCAAUCUCAUGUCGGUUUCCCCAAAAGAGAUUGUUCCUUUCUCAGGAUUCUGUGACACCAAGAGGGCAUCUAAAUGAUUCUUCAGAUUUUUUGGCGAGGAUUCCCAACAGUACUUUAUCAGAGCAAAAUACUACUUUCAAUGGUCUCCAUAACCAAAGGCUGCAACCGAUACAUAGUGUUUCUUCAACCGUAAAAGGUUGCACUUGGAAUUUUGGUGGUCAGUUUGUUCGCCAAGAUGAUCUAAACAAGGCAUCCAUGGUCAAUGCCAACUCUGUGAUCAGCCAUACAGGGCCACAACAUGCUCCUCAUAUGAUGAGCAUUCCUUGGAAUCAACAGUCUCAUUUGUGCACUCCUGCAUCACGCAUGAGUAAAGAAGAUCACAAUUUUGUAGGUCCAGCAGUGAACCAAUCUUCAUCCUUUCCACAAGAUGUGCUAAAGGCGAGCAUGAAGGAAAAGUAUCAGAAAUCCAUUUUGUCGUCUUACGAUGAUCCUAGUUUUGUUCCUAUUCGCCAACCAUACCAGAUACCCAGAGCAAAGUUAUCUUCUGCACCCAUCAUAUCCUUUUUUGACUAUGGCGCGGAGAAUGCUUUGUCCAGAAACUCUUCUCCUGGACUGUGUCCUUCUCUUACAACUAGUUUGUCAAAUAAAUCUAUUUCAGCAACUGGACCAACUUGUACUAGCAGUCUUACAAAUACAGAUGGAAGGAAGUGUGCUGGCUUUGCAGAUCAAAUAAACAGUAGGACAGCUUAUGCGGAUAAUGUUAAACAGCAACCUGCAAAGAGACAACUUGUUACAGAGAGACAGGAUUUUACGUUUACGGACCCAAACAUGAUAAACCAUUCACUUGGCUGGUCACUAAGCGAUGCAGUUGGUCCUCAGAUACUUGAUUUUAGCAAUAGAGUAGCAGGGGCUGCCGUGCAGGUAUCAAGAAAUGAAAACUACAAUCUAAGGGCCAUCUCAGGUUCAGUUCCAGCUGUCGAAACAUGGUCGAGGGCUGGGUUGGUUGCCGGAGCUAAAACCAUGUUGAGGCCAGGUCAAAACCUGAAUGAUCAGUCCAAACUAUAUUCCACUAAAAUUUCAGUCGAUAAUGACAUUAAUUCAGUUGUAUUAUAGUGGAAAGCAAGAAAGAAAUAAUCAGGUGCCCUCGUUCAAGUUAUAGUUCUGGAGUUUUUUGGUAUUUGAAUAGCCAGCACGGAAGCUUCCAUCGCAGGAAAGUUGCAAGAGCUCCACAUUUCUGAACAUGUUAGUUUAGCAAUCGAUGGAUUACUUUUAUUCUUGUAAUUUUCCCAAGUCAAAUGUGCAAGAUUAUUGAUUAUUUGAUUAAUCAUGCCAUAUCUAACACAGGCUUGAGGACAUUUGAUCUGUAAAAAGUGUAACUACUCGAGUAUUUUGGGGGCAUUCUAUUUCUUACAGUAUGUGUUUAGUAUAUCAGUUCAUUUGUGUGGCCUGAGUAUUAUUUGAAGCUUGAAAAUAAAGUAGAGAUUUACUGCA